GUCAUUGGUAACUAGGAAGUGUCUUUCUGGGUGGGGUCGGACGGAAGGGCGGAAGCGAUACCGGCUGAUAGGGGGCAGGUGAUUUCCGGCGGACUUCCUCUGGGGUGAGAUGAAGUGAAGAGCGGCUCCAGUCAUGCCCUUCCCCCCCUCCGAAUAAAUGAAUUCCGUGUCACCAGCAGCCGCCCAGUAUGGCAGCCCGGAGAGUCGGCGGCGCAGGAACCUGGGCAGCGGCCAUGACCCGCCCCAAAUGGGGUUCCAAGAUACGGGGCGAGACGGAGCAACGGACGAGGUGGAUAAAAUAAAGAGCAAACUGCUGACAGCAUGGAACAGUCUCAAAUAUGGUUGGACGGUGAAGAUGAAGACGCAUUUCAGCCGGUCCUCACCCUUAUAUUUGCUGGGCAGACACUACCACUUCCGGUACGAAGAUGACAUAGAACGAUUUCAGCAGGAUUUCGUCUCCAGGGUGUGGAUGACUUACCGGCGGGAUUUCCCUGCACUGGAAGGGACACAGCUCACUACAGACUGUGGAUGGGGCUGCAUGAUCAGGAGCGCUCAGAUGCUGCUGGCUCAGGCUCUUCUGAUGCAUCUUCUCUGCAGAGAUUGGUCCUGGCCAGAGGCAUUGAACACCCUCUUUGUUGAGAUGGAGCCCGAUCAGUCGUCCUCCUUGCCCCCCCACAAUUCAUUCUCUUCUGUAUCUUCUGCCCCCCAUUCAAGUUAUCUGCAUUCUCGUGCAGCAUCCUGUCCUAGACCUUAUAUACAAAAUCCCCACCAAGAGCAUAUCCAUAGGGACAUCCUACGGUGGCUCUCAGACCACCCAGAUGCUCCCUUUGGUCUCCAUCACAUGGUGAAACUAGGGGGAAGCCUUGGCAAGAAAGCAGGAGACUGGUAUGGCCCUAGUAUUGUGGCUCACAUUUUACGGAAAGCUCUAGAAAGAUCACCUCAAGUCCCUGAGCUGUCUGUGUAUGUGUCUCAGGACUGUACAGUGUACAGGGCGGAUGUGGAGCAGCUGCUGGAUACAGGUGAUCCAGUCACAGGUACCAGAAGCACAGGAAGAGCUGUCAUCAUUCUCAUACCCGUGCGCCUUGGCGGAGAGAACUUCAACCCAGUAUACAAGCAGUGCAUUAAGGAGUUCCUGCAGAUGCCGUCAUGUCUGGGCAUUAUAGGAGGGAAACCGAAACAUUCGCUGUAUUUCAUUGGUUAUCAAGAUAACCAUCUGUUAUACCUGGAUCCACAUUACUGCCAGGCGUACGUAGACACCAGCGUUGAAGACUUUCCUCUGGAUACUUUUCACUGUAAUUCCCCACGUAAGAUGUCUAUUGUCAAGAUGGAUCCCAGUUGCACGAUGGCUUUUUAUGCCAGAAAUCGGGCAGAUUUUGGAGCACUUUGUGAUCAUCUGACAAAGGUAUUAAGUUCAUCAUCAGCAGAGGAGAAAUAUCCAGUGUUCAGUUUCUCAGAAGGCCAAGCUCAGGAAUUCCACGUGCCCGAGGUGCUGCCUCUCGCCUCUUACACCCUUGCUCAUCGGAAGAGGGUGACGAUGGCGAAGCGUCCCAGUUCAGAUGAGUUUGAGUUUUUAUAACCUCCGGUCCAUCAGGGACUUUAUAAAGACCUGCUGUACGGGGUGGCACUUCACGUCAGGAGUGAGCCCCGAUUUCUGCAACCUGCUGCUACACUGAUCAUCUCGUCAGUACGUGCGUCAAUCACUGUCCAGACCCCAGCUCAUCCUAGGUAAAGACCUCUGCUGUGAUAUGACUGGCUAGGGAACGUCAUGUGACUCUAGUCGGGGUGCAUUGACCGUGAAAGAAGUCCAUUUCUAGCUCUAGCCAAUAUCUGUUUAUGAUGAACUCCUCCAUUCACUGACAACCAGCAGCUGUCUGGAAGACUAGACAAAACCAUGGCUGAUUUAUUACGCUAACACCACCACUCAUGACCAUAGGUUGCAAGUGGUAUUGCAGCUCGACCCCAUUAUAGGGUGCAAUACCGCACACAGUCCAGGAGUGGCGCUGUUUCUGCAAUAAAGCAGCCAUUGUUUUCUUAUCUCGUAGAACCCCUUUAAAUUUAAAGGGGGUUUCUGUUCGAAAUGUUUAUACACACUCUUAGGGGGUCUAACCUCAGGUACCCUUGCCUAGAAGGAUGGCAUGCUUACUCAGAUAGUUGUAAGGGGGCAUGGGAUUCAUUUUAGGAUUAUAGGACCCCUGAAGAUGAUGAUUCUGCUGUACCCUUUAAACUGAUCCAUAUAGACCAAGUCAAAGAAAAGAAAUCACUGUGUAGAGGGACCAGGCAGCUAGAAAACCCCAAUAAAAUGGGGGGACCUAAGUAUGGACAAGGGCACCCCACCUCUAGUAGAUGAGGUGUCCACUGCUGGACCAGUGUGCCCAAAUGGCUCCAGAAUGCAAACUGGGCCACCCCAUAAGAUCAGGUGGAUGAUCUCACGGGGUCAGUGGUGAGAAGGUGUAUGUAGACUCCAUGCUGAUAUAGCUGCAUUGGCUGAAUCACUCCUGCUACAGACUAGAUGCCAUGAAUUGGAUGAUUUGUGACACUCCGUAGUCAAACCACAGACCGCCAUCACUGCUGCUUUAUAGUUUCUUCAGGGGGUGACCACAGGGAAUAUGUCCUCCCCGUAGCUGCCUCGAGCUCAGCUCCAGCUAAUGUAAGUAUAGUAGACAGUUCCCUAAUCUAUGGGCUUGUGCCCCCCUCAUUGAUAGGUAGGUGUGUGUGUGGGGUGUUGUUGGUACUGACCUGCUGUGGAUGGCUUACUGGAAACGCGCUGUACAUGUACGUCAGCCGUUAUUUGUCAGAGAGGAUGUGUCAUCAGACAGAUGACUUUAUAUAAGGGUCAGCUUAAUGGGGUUGUCUCACCUUGAACAUUGAUAUGCCACCAACAUCAGAGAGGUGCAGGUCCUACCUCUGGAACGAGAAUGAGAGCAGCACGCACGUGCAGCCACCCUCCAUGUCAAUGGGCGUGCAGAAGAAAAUAGCUGAGCGCUGACUGGCAGUGUCAUAGAAGUUAAUGGAGUGGUGCCACCACCCCUUUAAAGAGGACCUGCCAGCUCUCCUGAACGGUGUUGUCAUUCCUCGGUGAUUCUUCCUGG